GAUGCCCCCUUUGAGGGCCCAAAAUGUGACCGUCACCCACAAUUCGCUGGUUCAGUGGUCCCGUGCCGAAAUCCUCGAUUGGUUCAACGAGACGCUCAAAUGCAGCCUGACCAAUAUCGAGCAUUUGUGCACCGGAGCAGCCUACUGUAAUCUGAUGCAUAUGCUCUUUCCCAAGCUGAUCAAUUUGAAGCGCGUGAAGUUCUUUCCGAAUCAGCAAUACGAGUUCGUUGCCAACUUUAAGGAACUUCAGAAGGCCUUCAACAAGGUCAAAGUGAUCCCACCCGUGCAGGUGAAUAAAGUGAUCCAUGGCCGUUGUGUAGAGAAUUUUGAGUUUGCCGUGUGGUUUCGCCACUUUUUCAUGGCCAAUUACAACAAGGAAAAGUGCUCGGACUACGAUGUACUGGUAGCUCGUGAUUACCAGGACAUUGGCAUGGGAUCCUCACGAUCGAGCACACCGGUCUCGGCCACCAAAAGUCGUCGUGGCAUAGAGAUCGUGAAGAUAUCGCCGAGACGUGAUCAAGGCAAGACUGCAUUUGAAGAUUACCCUGAGGCGCCGCCAUUGAAAAGGGAGUCGCAGAUGCCAACGGAGAAACGAGAUGGUGUCCGUGUUCCCAAAAUUGCCAAAAUUCCCAAAAAAGGAACGCAACAAGCCAACGUGAACAAAGCGAGCGAUGUGAAUGUGGUCACUCCGCUAGAUCUUCCUGGCAAAGCUGGUGAUGCUCGAAAGCCAAGGCAGUCGGCCCGAAGUAGCACCGCAGGAUUACCUCCAGCCAAUCAACCAGAGCUCCAUCGCAGACCUACUAAGUCUCCAAUCCGAAAGAAUUUAGAAAUGCCGCUCAUGAAUAGCACCACGAGAACCAAACUGUCGGCAACCGCACGGAAUGUCACGUAUGUAAAGAUCCCUCAACUGGAUCUAACUGGCAUAGCCAUCGACACUCCACGUCCCGUGGCGCCAGCCAUGAGCAUCAAGCCCACCGGAAUAUCUGGCCGCAACAAGGUUCCAAGCCCCCCAGAAAGACCAGACUCAUCUGGGCGAACCUGCAAUGAGCGCGUACUUCGCAUGGAGACGAAUGGAAAGCCCGAGGGUGGCAGCAAUCGAAUGAAGCAGUCCCAACAGGGGACUGCCAACUGGGAACGGGAGCCCCUCAGUAAGAGGAAUCCUGUCAAGCAAGGGAUCCGACAGAAGGCGAUGGAAACGAAAACCAUAAGGAUGACUGCCCGGGCGGAAGAACUAUUUGCUAAGCUCUCUAGGAACACUGAAGCGGAUCACAUGCGCCAUAAUAGCCAGGAUUCGAAUGACCAGGAUGCGAAUGACCAGGGUGCGAAUGACCAGGGUUGGAAUGACCAGGGUGCGAAUGACCAGGAUUCGAAUGACCAGGAUAAGAAUGACCAGGAUGCGAAUGGCCAGGGUACGAAUGACCAGGGUUGGAAUGACCAGGGUGCGAAUGACCAGGAUAAGAAUGACCAGGGUGCGAAUGACCAGGAUAAGAAUGACCAGGAUAAGAAUGACCAGGGUGCGAAUGACCAGCAUACGAAUGACCAGGGUACGAAUAACCUGGGUACGAAUGACCAGGUCAAUGAUGGCCAGGACAAACAGAAGGAGAUCUUCAAGUCGUCGGUGUUCUGUUCCAGGCCAGCCUCAAUGCCAGGCAUCCAAGAUGAUGGUAUUCCGAUUGGACUCUCAAAAGAACUAGCCCAAGUCCUGGCGUCCUGCGAACUCACCCACGAGCAGCUCCUUACCGAGGUGUCCCUCCACUGUCGCCUCCAGCUGCUCAUUAAAAACACCGACGAGGACAAUGAUGUGGACGUUGCUGUGCAAACCACUGUGCUGGACGCAGCCAGUGGCACCCAAAUGGGAGAAGCCGCUAAACAUUUGUAG